GCAAACUAGUCCACUCCGCGUCUUGUCGGGCGCAGGUCGCAGCCGCAGCUUUGCGCGGAUAAACAGCAGCUGUUCGCAGCCGAGCAACAAAAAGAGAAACCAAGGACACGAAGAUUUCACGCGAAGCUAUAAGGAAAUAAUCUCCCAUCCGCAUAUACAGAAGUCAAUCCGAGAGACUUUAACGAUCCCCGCCGUCACACCGGAGCUCCGCCGCCUCCGCGAAGCCGCGCAGACACUCGGGCUCGUCUCUUGUUGCUGCUCCCCGCACAGACGCAGACGGAUCCGUCCCGCUCGGCAGCGGCCUCCAUUUUAGCUCCUUGCCCGGUCGGCGCCUCACGUGUCCUGGACUGUCUUCCUCACAUGACCCGUGUGUUUGUCCCCGUGAUCAGCGCUUCCAUCUCCGUAAAUCAGUGUCGUUGAAUAUCGGCGUUUUACAACCCCGCAAAAAGCUUCAUGGAUAUGCUGGAGCAGAGUCUGGACAGCUCGGCGAGUCACGACAAACAGGAAACAGAAGAGGUGGUGCAGCUACAGGAAGGAGAGACGGUGGGGACGGAGGAGCAGACUGCAGUGACCAUCACCGGCGUCCCGCAGGCUGCGUUCGCUGAGCACAAUGUGCAGUACCAGUUCCGCACAGAGAACAGCGGAGGGCAGGUGACCUAUCGUGUGGUCCAGGUGACAGAUGAUCAGUUAGAAGCAACAGCUGACGGGACCGGCGCCGUCAGCGUCGUCUCUGCCGCGGCGUUUGCCGGAGCCCCUCAGGCAGUGGCACAGGCUGUCAUCCAGAACCCUUUCAGCAAUGGGGGCAGUCCUGGCGGGGAGACUGUGGGAGGAGAGACACGUUUCGCCUAUUUCCCGGCGGCCACCGUCAGCGAUGGAACUGCCGUGUCGGUGCAGGCCACCGCCGACCCAACGAUCACGCAGGCAGGAGGUCAGUUUUACGUGAUGAUGAGCCCCCCGGAGGUGCUGCAGACGACGGCCCCUCGCACCAUCGCCCCACGCACACACACCUACACUGCAGACCUUGGUGAAAGCGAGAUGUUGCAGCAUGGCAGUUCAAACUGGAAGGUGGAGGGUCCACGGGCGCCCAGAGAUGAGAGGCGACGAGCACAGCACAAUGAAGUGGAGAGAAGAAGAAGAGACAAGAUUAACAACUGGAUCGUCACGCUUUCAAAAAUCAUCCCUGACUGCAGCGUCGACAGCAGAACUGGAGCGGUGAGUGCCUCAGAGAGUAAAGGAGGCAUCCUGUCCAAAGCCUGCGACUACAUCCGAGAGCUGCGCCAGAGUAACCAGCGACUGCAGGAGAGCUACAAAGAGGUGGAGCGGGUCGAGAUGGACAACGAGCUACUUAGACAACAGAUUGAAGAACUGAAGAAUGAUAAUGCACUGCUUCGAGCACAGCUACAGCAGCACGGCGUAGAAGUCAACGGGGAUGCAACGCCACAGUGAUUGUGGACUUGGGACACUUGUACCAUCACAAACACGACGUCGCAUCCUCCCACCCACCUGAACAAUAACCAGGAAAGGAAUAAUAACGAUGAGAGACGAUUUCCAUCUGAAAUUGGACCACGAAGAAACGCGCGCAGGGCUUCGAGAUGAACACUGAAGGACCUCCAGCUGUUCGACGGCUCUGAAAUCCGUUAACUGUGUAGCUAACUGAACCUCUCACCUCUGCUUCAAGGAAAAAAAAGAAGAAAAAAAAAACCCGACCUCUGCACAGCACCACCACGCUUGCACCAAACAUUUCUUUUAAUUUUAAAUUAUGAACCUGCCACAGAAAAUUUUCUUUUAAUGAUUUCACCUUUUCAUCGUACAACAAAUGCCUACUUGUUCCUUCUUUUUUUUUUUUUUUUCUGUUGACAUUUGCUGUGUUUGAAACUACUAAAUGUGGCAUGAAUGAUAACAUCCAUUUACUUUUUUAAUUUAUUAGUCUUUAAUAAGGAAUGUGUACACGGAAAGAAAAGCUGAUCUCUGAAUUCACUUGUUCCCCAGUGACGGACGAAUAAUGAGCAGGUCAGAUAUUUUGAUCGUGCUCAUCACUGUUUCGAAGGACAGUUUUAACUGUCAGCGGAUCACGUGUGUGUGUGUGUGUGUGCGUGUGUGUGUAUAUAGUCGAUCUGUGUGAGGUAACUUUUUCUGCCUUUUAACACUGACACUCUGAACACAGGCAGAGCUCACAAACUUUAUAAAAACACAGUCUGAGUCAGUACAUUCAGAAAUGGUGAUACUUUUUUUCUGAAGAAGUUAAAGCAGCUUUGAUAGCACAGGCAUGGAGGUUUUAUUUUUUAGUGCAAGGCCUUAAUAGAAGCCUGUGGGAGAAUCUAGGUGUUAACAUAGCUCAGGUAAUUGGGAUAGUGCACUGGCAAGUGGUUCCCAGACUCGAUGAAGUCUUUUCAUAUAGAGUUUAGCUCUCUGUCGUGUCCCCAGUAGGUGCAUUGUACAGAUAAAAGGAGAGUAUGGAGGCGAUUUUCAACGUGUGAGUCAUUUUUAACGGGCAUUAAAAUAUGGUUUGUUUGUAUAUCUGCUAAAUAGGUCACUGGUGUAAUGCACUGAAAUAGAGGUUCAGUCAUGAGAGGUCUCGACCUCUGUUUGGCCCACUAGUCCUGCUGCAUUUUUCGUGGACACCCCAGGUGGCUUUUUUUUUCUUUUUUUUCUCGCAAUAUUCCCUAAUUCUUUAGAAACUCUGGGAACCGUUGCUGCUGACAAAAGACCAUAAGACAACCAUGGCCAGGAAAUGUGCUGACGAGGGUAGUUUGGAUGCGAGUGAUGAUAGUUGUAACUAACCAGCUUUUGUCACCACAGCAUGGAAAUAUAACCACUGGCAUGACUAAAUCUGACUACAAUAAAACUGAAGUGUUUAUACCUGA